AUGGUCAAAUUCUCGGCGGAGGAAGGGAAAAAUAGGACGGGGAAGCGCCGCUGCCUCCCCUCCUCGUCGUGUCCUCUGUCCGACAGUGGAGAGGAAGAUGGCGACGCCGGCGACGCGGGAGAGGCAGAUGCAGCGACCACAGGAGACUGGGAAAGCUCGGAGCAUUCCUCUGGAGGUGGAAAUGGGAGCUUCGACGGCGGUAAGGAGUCCGUCACCGUAACUAUCGACCUCGACGUCUUGGAAUGCCCUAUCUGCUACGAGAUCAUGGAUCCGCCCAUCUUCCAGGUCGGUGGAACCCUCUCUCCCUUCGUCUUUCUUCUCCGCCAUCGCUUUAUGAAAACCUAGCUCUCGUUGUCACCAUACAUGUCGGAGAAUCCAUGAAUUCUCGUAAUUUUAAGCGCCAUCUUGUGAAAUUUCUUGUCGUGACGCGCUCGCGAAGAAUCGCAAGGACUCAGUUGUUCAUUUGGGAUCUUAUAAUGGCAAAAUUUUCGGGGUCUUGAUGCCCACUUUUUCCGCAAACGAAACCAAGCGUAGUCAAUAAAGUCCUCGCGCACCUGCGACUUUCAUGAAUUUCAAUUGAAUCGAAUCCUCAUGUCCAUCAUCACGUAAAUACUUGAGCGUCAGACAUGCCGAUGCUUCGGAUUGAGGUGCGAUCGUACUGGUUCAGGGAAAUCUAGAGGUUAAGAUGGCUAGCAUCUUGAAAUCAAAGUCAGCGCUGUUCUUGGUUGGCUAUGCGGCCGUGAAAUGUAUUCAGAUUGGGUCAACGGAAUCCAGAGGAAUUUGUUGUGUGAUGGAGUUGCUUGUGCCAUUGAUUUGAAACUGAUGCUUGGGACUGGUCAACCAACAACGGCUCUUGCUCUGUGCCAGUCAUCCCACAAUUCUAAUCAUGCCUCAUUUUUUCUUCUAUUUAAUCUAUUGUAUCUUUGGUAGAUCUUGUGUCGGAAGUCAAAUAAAUAGAAAUCAUGAAGUUUCCUUUUCAAGGUAAAACUCCAGAUAAAUGAAGCAGGUUCUAUCACCAGUGGGGAGCAUUGGUUAUCAUUGUUUCGAGAAACUUUGAUAAACUGUGUGAUGACCUGAUGGAACAUCAGUGGGUCAACCCUAAAGUAAACUACUGGGUCUCAGUGGGUCAACCUAUGCAAAUGUUUGAUGAACAUCUUGAUUGCUCUGUAAUGUAUGCAAGUAAAAUGGUCUUACACAUCCAUCUUCGCAUGGUUUGACCUUUGGGUUAUAAUCAUUCUAUAAUGAUCUGAAUUUCUGAUCGUCUUCUUCUCCUGAUCUUGACGAUUUAGUGCCAGAAUGGGCACAUCACCUGCUCCUCGUGCUGCGCCAAGAUGAACAGAUGCCACUCCUGCCUCCUCCCCCUCGGACCGACCCGCUGUCUGGCCCUCGAGAAGGUCGUCGAGUCCAUCAAGGUCCCCUGCCCGUAUGCCGGCAACGGCUGCGGGGAGAUCGUCGGCUAUGCUCAGCGAGACGCGCACAAGGCGGCAUGCAGCCACGCGCCGUGCCAUUGCCCGAUCGCCGGCUGCGCAUUCACAGGAUCCGUCCCUCAGCUGGCGCGCCACUUCCGCAGCCUGCACGCGCACUGCGGGUCCUCCCUUCCGUACAAUCGAUCGCUGAAGCUCUCCCUCGACGACCGGGAGCCCUUCCACGUCCUCGUCGGGGCGGACGGCAUCCUGUUCCUUCUUCUCAACAACAGCAGCGCGCCGGUGGGGAACGCCGUCUCCAUGGUGUGCAUUGGGCCCAGCUCCCUGAAGGGCAGGUUCUCCUACCAGCUGAAAGCAAAAAGCGGAGAAAGCUGCGUCCAGUUCGAGUCGGCGGUGGCGGCCGUCAGGCGGCGGGACCAGCCCUUGCUUCCGCCGGAUUUCCUCCUGCUUCCACUGGGCUUCUGCGGUGACCAAGGGAGGCUGAGCUUGGAUGUCUCUGUGUGGGCCAAGGUACCGUGA